AUGAGAAUUUGAAACUUGAUGAAAGCUCUAAAACCAUUCUUAGUUUAUGGGCGAAAACGUUACGAGAAAAACACCGAAAAGAACAAUAUGACGACGAUGAAAUUUUCAAAGACCCCUUAUUGCUGAUCGAGUGGAACGAAGGCGGAAUCUUGGCGAGAAACACUAUCAACCCCCAGUUCACCAAGGACGCAUUGCUUGCAUUAAUACGUGCACAACCAGGUUACGCUCCGUUUCCUCCACGGGCUCCUUCUGAUUGCGCGUUUUCAUUCAAUGAUAGUCAAGCUUUGAUAAAUACGAUUGGAGUGCUAUCUUCUAAUAACUGGUCGCGACGAAUAAACGGAAUGCCAGACGCCGGAAGAUGCUACAUGAUUGGCGUUCCUAAAAAGGGACAACUAGAAGUCGAUGAGCACUUCUAUGUUUUCAAUGCUUAA